CCCUGACCCCCGACCCCCGCCGGCCGGCCCCCCGCCCCAGCCCCGGAGGGAGCUCAUGGGAGUAUGAAGGAGAUGGUAGGAGGCUGCUGCGUAUGUUCGGACGAGAGGGGCUGGGCCGAGAACCCGCUGGUCUACUGCGAUGGGCACGCGUGCAGCGUGGCCGUCCACCAAGCUUGCUAUGGCAUCGUCCAGGUGCCAACUGGACCCUGGUUCUGCCGAAAAUGUGAAUCUCAGGAGCGAGCAGCCAGGGUGAGGUGUGAGCUGUGCCCACACAAAGACGGGGCAUUGAAGAGGACUGACAAUGGAGGCUGGGCCCACGUGGUAUGUGCCCUCUACAUCCCCGAGGUGCAGUUUGCCAAUGUGCUCACCAUGGAGCCCAUCGUGCUGCAGUAUGUGCCUCAUGAUCGCUUCAAUAAGACGUGUUACAUCUGCGAGGAGCAGGGCCGGGAGAGCAAGGCAGCCUCAGGAGCCUGUAUGACCUGUAAUCGUCAUGGAUGUCGACAAGCUUUCCAUGUCACCUGUGCCCAAAUGGCAGGCCUGCUGUGUGAGGAAGAAGUGCUGGAGGUCGACAAUGUCAAAUACUGUGGCUACUGCAAAUAUCACUUCAGCAAGAUGAAGACAUCCAGGCACAUCAGUGGUGGAGGAGGAGGAGCAGGAGCAGGAGCAGGAACAGGAGCAGGAGCAGGAGGAGGAGGAGGAGCAGGAGGAGGAGGAGGAGGAGGAGGUGGCAGCGGUGGUGGUGGCAGUGGAGGUGGCACAGGGGGAGGCAGCAGUGGCUUCAUCUCUGGCAGGAGAAGCCGGUCAGCAUCACCAUCCACCCAGCAGGAGAAGCACCCUGCUCACCAUGAGAGGGGCCAGAAGAAGAGUCGAAAGGACAAAGAACGCCUUAAACAGAAGCACAAGAAGCGGCCUGAGUCCCCUCCCAGCAUCCUUGCCCCGCCUGUGGUCCCCACUGCUGACAAGGUUUCUUCCUCAGCUUCCUCUUCCCACCAUGAGGCCAGCACGCAGGAGACCUCCGAGAGCAGCAGGGACUCAAAGGGGAAAAAGUCUUCCAGCCAUAGUCUGAGUCAUAAGGGGAAGAAGCUGAGCAGUGGGAAGGGUGUGAGCAGUUUUACCUCCACCUCCUCUUCCUCCUCCUCCUCUUCCUCCUCUGGGGGGCCCUUCCAGCCUGCAGGUUCAUCCCUGCAGAGCUCCCCUGACUUCUCCACAUUCCCCAAACUGGAGCAGUCAGAGGAUGACAAGUACUCCAAACCCACAGCCCCUACCCCGUCAGCCCCUCCCUCACCUUCAGCUCCUGAACCCCCCAAGGCUGACCUCUUUGAGCAGAAGGUGGUCUUCUCUGGCUUUGGGCCCAUCAUGCGCUUCUCCACCACCACCUCCAGCUCAGGCCGAGCCCGGGCCCCCUCCCCUGGCGACUAUAAAUCUCCCCACAUUUCGGGGUCCGGGACCUCAGCAGGCACCCACAAGCGGAUGCCCACAUUGAACGCUACCCCUGCACCUGCUGAGGAAACCCCUGAGACAGGCCUGAAGGAGAAGAAGCACAAAGCCAGCAAGAGGAGCCGACACGGGCCAGGCCGUCCCAAGGGCAGCCGGAACAAGGAGGGUGCUGGGGGCCUGGCUACCCCCUCCUUACCUGGUGCCCAGCUGGCUGGCUUUACCGCCACUGCUGCCUCACCCUUCUCCGGAGGCUCCCUGGUCAGCUCUGGCCUGGGGGGUCUGGCCUCCCGCACUUUUGGGCCUUCCGGGAGUUUGCCCAGCCUGAGCCUCGAGUCCCCACUGCUGGGGGCAGGCAUCUACACCAGUAAUAAGGACCCCAUCUCCCAUGGUGGUGGGAUGCUGCGGGCUGUCUGCAGUACACCCCUCUCCUCCAGCUUGCUGGGGCCCCCAGGGACCUCAGCCCUGCCCCGCCUCAGCCGCUCCCCAUUCACCAGCACCCUCACCUCCUCCUCUGCUUCCAUCUCCACCACUCAGGUGUUUUCUCUGGCUGGCUCUACCUUCAGCCUCCCUUCUGCCCACAUCUUUGGAACCUCUAUGGGCGCUGUUAACCCCCUUCUCACCCCAGCUGAGAGCAGCCAUACAGAGCCAGACCUGGAGGACUGCAGCUUCCGGUGUCGGGGGACCUCCCCACAGGAGAGUCUGUCUUCCAUGUCCCCCAUCAGCAGCCUCCCUGCACUCUUCGAUCAAACUGCGUCCGCACCUUGCGGGGGCGUCCAGCUAGACCCUGCAGCCCCGGGAACGACUAAUAUGGAGCAGCUGCUGGAGAAGCAGGGCGACGGGGAGGCCGGCGUCAACAUCGUGGAGAUGCUGAAGGCGCUGCACGCGCUGCAGAAGGAAAACCAGCGGCUGCAGGAGCAGAUCCUGAGCCUGACGGCCAAGAAGGAGCGGCUGCAGAUUCUCAACGUGCAGCUCUCUGUGCCCUUCCCCGCCCUGCCUGCAGCCUUGCCUGCCGCCAACGGCCCUGUCCCUGGACCCUAUGGCCUGCCUCCCCAAGCCGGCAGCAGCGACUCCUUGAGCACCAGCAAGAGCCCUCCAGGGAAGAACAGUCUUGGCUUGGACAACUCGCUGUCCACAUCCUCCGAGGACCCACACUCAGGCUGCCCAAGCCGCAGCAGCUCGUCGCUGUCCUUCCACAGCACGCCCCCACCGCUGCCCCUGCUCCAGCAGAGCCCUGCCACUCUGCCCUUGGCCUUGCCUGGGGCCCCUGCCCCACUCCCGCCACAGCCACAGAAUGGGUUGGGCCGGGCAUCUGGGGCAGCAGGGCUGGGGGCCAUGCCCAUGGCUGAAGGACUGUUGGGGGGGCUCGCAGGCAGUGGGGGCCUGCCCCUCAAUGGGCUCCUGGGGGGGUUGAAUGGGGCUGCCGCUCCCAACCCUACAGGCUUGAGCCAGGCUGGUGGGGCCCCCACGCUGCAGCUGCCAGGUUGUCUCAACAGCCUGACCGAGCAGCAAAGACACCUCCUUCAGCAGCAAGAGCAGCAGCUCCAGCAGCUCCAGCAGCUCCUCGCCUCCCCACAGCUCACCCCGAGCCCAGGACCCAGGCUGGCAGCAAGGAGAGACAGCGGGGACCUUGGCCAUAAGCAGCCUGGCCUCCUUGCAGGAGCACCAGACGGUUGUCUACCAGAUGAUCCAACAGAUCCAGCAGAAGCGGGAGCUGCAGAGGCUGCAGAUGGCUGGGGGCUCCCAACUUCCCAUGGCCAGCCUGUUGGCAGGAAGCUCCACCCCACUGCUGUCAGCGGGCACCCCUGGCCUGCUGCCUGCGGCAUCUGCCCCGCCUCUGCUGCCCGCUGGAGCCCUUGUGGCCCCCUCACUCAGCAACAACACCAGUCUCAUGGCGGCAGCAGCUGCAGCUGCAGCAGUCGCAGCUGCAGGCGGACCUCCAGUCCUCACUGCCCAGACCAACCCCUUCCUCAGCUUGUCGGGGACGGACAACAGUGGCAGUUGCCCCAAAGGAGGGACCGCUGACAAAGGAGCCUCAGCCAACCAGGAAAAAGGCUAAAUCUACCUGUACCCCUCCUGACCCCUAAAUGGAGGGGACAGAUCCUGGCUUAAGGGGUCCUAUCCUGGAGCAGGCAUCUGGGCCCAGACACUGGAAGAACCCCGACCCAGAGCCUGUGCUGAGGCCCAGGGAGUGUUGGGGGCUCCUGGUGCAAGGACUGAGAUUGGGAGGGGAGCCCCUUCCAUCUGCAUCCCCACCCCCUGUCUGCACUGUCUGCUUUGUGAGAAGCUCAGAGGGAGGACAGGCUCUAAGCCUGCCUAGGAGCCCCCACCCUCAGCAAAUGUUUUGAGGUCCCCCAGAGAGCAAAGUGGGCCAUGACGUAAGUGUGGGAUUGGUUGGACCCACCACAUAAAACAGAUCAGCACUUGAAAGGGGAGCAGUGGAGGGUAGACCUAGGCUUAUCCCUGCAUGGAAGUCUUCAUGGAAGAAGGGCUGGCCCCACUUGACCUGCAGUUUCUUCCCAAUCUGGGCAAAUGGCAGAAGGGAUCCCUUUGACUGUUUCUCACUGUCCCUCUCCCUCACCAAGGGUCACAAGCUGAGCUUGUAAAAGCCCACAGAUGUAGGGGGAGUGAGGAAGGGCAAGACAGCAUCAAACCCAGGCCAGGCCUCCUGCACCUCUUGUGACCCCACUAGUGGGGCAUAGGGAGGCCCUCACCGUCCUUGGUGCCCUGCCCCUUGUUUGCACUAUUGGCUUGAGGAGUGCGGAGGGUGGGGAGACGGAGCUGGCUGACUCAACAGUGUGAGUGUGUCUGUGUGCAUGUGUAUGUGUGUGUGUGUGUUUCUGUCUGUUUGUCUGUCUUCCCCUGGACCUGGGGCCGCAAGGGCAGAAACAGGCGCAGUGGUUAGCACCAGAGGGGGAAGCUCCCAGCUCUUGUUUGUACCCUCCCCCCUCACCAACUCUGGCCCCUUUCAGGGGCAUGAAUGGUUAACAAAAAACCAGAAAAGUACUCCAGUUUUGGAGAGUAACUGGGGGCUAGGGGUUUUGAAUCAGGGUAAUAUCCUGCCUUCCCUCCUCCAGACCCCACUUGGUCUCAGGGCCCCCUGGGCCCCCUUCCCUUAUUGGUAGUUUGGUCCAUUUUCCCUAACACAAGGGGGACCCCAGGGAUUGGGAGAGGGAACAAGGGAGGUGAAGUGCCGCUUCUUUCAGUAAAAGUCUCCCUCCCAGAAUUAGCCAGCCUGCCCUCGCGCACUCCACCCCACCCCCACCAACUAGGGGAGCCACUGAAGCUGACCUAACAGCUGUCUCCUCACCCACCAGCUAUUUCCCUGGGGUGUUGUGGGCAGUUCUCACUGUAAAGCAGUCCCCAUCUGCCCAGGGCCUUUGGCAGCAAAGGCUGAGUGGGCCACUGGAAGACUGGAGACCCGUGUCCCUGUCUCACUUGCACUGGGGUGGAGCUGUUGGUCCUUUGGCAUUUCCAGCUUUCCCUGAAGCUCAAGUCCUGUUGGUCUCUUUGCAUGUGUGCAUUUUUGUGUGUGUGUUUCUGUUUGGGUUUUUGUUGUUGUUGGGAUUUUUUUGUUGGUUUUUUUAAAUAAAGAAAAGAAGAUGUGUAUAUUUUUGGCAA